UACUCUUUCGCCUGCUCGGCACAGUGGUGAUUGUGAAGUGCGGAAUCUUCGAGUCGAACUCGUUCAAACACAGUUCGGUUGAGUUAGUGCGCACGAGUUGUUCAGUCUGCGACAAAGCCGGCAUAAACAACCAUUAUUCACCACUCUUUCAUAUAUGUGAGUAUAUAUGUAUGUGCAACGAUAAAAGCUAGCAGCAACAUUCUUUAACAUACAGCCAAGAAAAAGAUUGCCAGGUAUUUGGGCUGAUAUGAUAUGAUAUGGUUAAGAGAUGGACGCGGGACCAAAUGAGCGUAGUACUUUGUUGGCGAAGCACCCGCGCACACUGAAACACGUUCGAACCGGCAGUGGAGAACAUCUGAGUGACAUGGCAUCGGAUGCGUCUGUAUCAUCUCUUGUUGAGUCAUCCACCAACUACCAGGGAUCUGUUGAAACAAUGGCAUCGAUCACAUCAAGCGAUCUCGAUGAGUUCAACUGGCGGCGUAUACGCUUCUAUUUAGUGGAGCCGAUGGUGUUCAUUCUGCUGUUUGCGUACAGUUUAUCGGACACGAUUUUGAAAAAUCAAGUAAUUUACCAAACUUGUACGACCAUUUUCUUUUUCAACGAGACGGAUUGCCGCCAGUUGGGCACAAAAAACGCCAGUGAACACGUUCGGGACAUAGAAACCACCAUUCAACCGUUUGCGGCUAAAAUUCUUAUGACUUCUACAGUCAUUGAGAGCUUUGUACCUGCGCUUUGUGGUAUUUUUAUCGGAACUUGGUCGGAUCGCUUUGGACGCAAACCACUCUUGGUCAUAGGGUACAGUGGAUACGCUUUAUAUUAUGCCUUGGCAGCCAUAAUUGCGCAACUAUCAACCACGAGGCCAGUGAGCCCGUGGUAUUACCUAUUGGCAGUGGUGCCGUAUUCAUUAUUCGGUGGCAGUGUUACAUAUUCCGUAGCCACUUUAUGCUACAUUUCAGAUGUGUCUAGUGCUCAAGAGAGACCAUAUCGCAUGGCUACAUAUGAAGCUGCAUUAUUCAUUGGACUCAUGAGCGGCUCCUUUUUAUCUGGCUAUCUGUACGAAUACACUAAUGCAACGUUUGUGUUUUUAACAUCGUGUUCGUGCAUUUUUGUUGCCGUCUGUAUCACAGUUUUUUUCAUUCCGGAGAGCCUAAACAGACGACGCUUUAAUUUCAUAGAAAAUCUUCACGUAAAUGUGUCAUCAGAUCUUGCGGCGUCAUUAAAUGUUGAGUCGAAUCAAUUCAGAAAAUUGUUUGACUUGGCAGCGGUGAAGGAAAUGUGGCGGACUUGUUUUAAGCCGCGCGAAUGCAAUGAUCGGGCUAUCAUUUGGCUAGCGUCGUUCGCGCAGAUGUCAACAUUUUUUGUAAUAUAUGGCUCCAUGGCUGUCUUUUAUUUGUUCAUUCGCGAAACAUUUCAUUGGACAAUUAAGGAGUUUAACACCUUUGAGACUCUCAACAUAUUUUUGUCCCUAAUGGGAAAUAUAAUGGGUGUUAUUAUUUUAAGGAGGAUCUUCAAAUUGUCUAUUGUGAGCUUGGGUCUGUUGGCAUUACUAAGUGAGUCGACCGGUUGCUUUCUGCGGGCCUUUGCUGACACAAACUGGCUUCUGUAUUUAUCGAUCGGAGUCAGUGCUUUAAGGUCAAUGGGGAAUCCUAUGUGCCGCACUAUUAUAUCGAAUAUUUUACCACCUAACGAACUGGGGAAAUUUUUCACUUUUCAAGGCGUUUUACAAGCCUUUCUGCCGUUUUUUGCCUCCCCGAUUUACACAGGCAUAUACAGCUUGACGCUCACCACUUUUCCCGGCUUUUAUAAUUUGCUGAGCGCGAACUUGAUUUUGCUGGCAAUUUGCUAUUUACUCAUUAUUUUACGUAAAAAGCGCGCGUUUCCUGUGCAUUACCAGCAACGAUUCUAAAAACGGCUAUUGUGCGGUGGAUAAUUGUCACAAGUGGAGAAUGAAAUUUUGUUUUAUAGAUACAUACAUUUAUAAUAAUUAUUAAUUUAGGUUUUUUAUGAAAGUUGUACCAUAUUUUUUUCACAUAAUUUGUUAAUGACCAAGUUAUAAUUAUAUUUACGUGUUUGCUAUGAA